GCCAGAAACGUGCUGCUCUCCUGCCAAGAGCAAACAUCGCCAUCCUCACAAAUGGUUAACCUGCCGGGAGCUGCACAGCACUAAUGACUUCACAUUCGUUUAAUCAGCUUGGGCUUCCAGAGCCUCCACCUCAGGAGCAGGGAAGGCCGUGCACCCAGCACUUGGGGUACAAACCUCCCACAGCCGCACCCCUGCCUCAGCAAUCAUUAAUCACCCGGGCCGGAGGCAGAGCAGCAGCAGCAGCUGGGUCUCCACAGCCCCCACGGCGGCAGCAGCAGCGCUGGCCGGCUCCCUGGGUGGCACUCACUGCCCACCACCCUCCCCGGGAGGCCCUGUGGAGCUGGCCAGGCCUGCAGCACUGCCCUUUCCUCCAGGAAGGUCGCUCGGUGCAGGACACAGAGGCUCUGCCUGUUUUGGAGCUGCUGGGCUACGCUGAGGCGGGGGCUCUGAGGAGGAGUUUGUGCCUGGCGGUACCGCAGCCUUCAUCUCCUCGCCAUGCAGCACAAGGCACUCUGGAGCGCCCUGGAGUACACCUGCCGACUGCUGGGCAUCUCCACCGCAGCAGUGCUCAUCGGUGUGGGCGUAGAAACUCUGCAGCAAGGACAGUUCAAAAGCCUGGCCUUCUAUCUACUUUUUUCAGGGGCUGCAGUUACUGUCUGUGAAGGCUUCUUCUUUAUCAGUUUGCUCCUGGAGAUGUGCUUCACUCACAAGCCUGAAUUCCUGGCACAGGCCUGCUGGAAGCGAGCCAGGCGCCCAGGGAGCUUCCAGAAAUUCCUGGGGUACACGCUGCUCUCAGUGGCAUGCUUCCUGCAUCCUGUCCUCGUCUGGCACGUCACCAUCCCUGGGUCCAUGCUGGUGCUCACUGCCCUGGCCUACUUCCUGCUGAGCAAGAGGAGGAAGAGCCCAGGGCACAAAGAGGCGCAUCCCCAGGCGGGUCAGUACGUGGACCCUUCAGCCACCGAGGCAGCCCCAAGCAUCACUGGGGACACUGAGCAGACCUACACCUUCCACGGGGCCCAGAGGGAGCAGCACCGCUCGCUGCUGGGCCACAUGAAGAGCAUCCUGAAGGGCAGCAUGGACAGGAGCUCAGCCCCAGAAACUGCUGCCCAGCCAGCAGCCGUGCCAGCGCCUCGCAAGCAAGUGCACUUCCAGGAGAAGGUGGUGCAGAUCAUCCCCUCUGUCAGCGAGAACUCGGAGGAUGUGGAGAGCGAGGCUGAGGAGACCACGUCGGACACAACGCCCAUCCUCACCCCACCUGACGCGCCCGUCGUCAUCGCCCCUCUCAGCUCUGCCGGCCUCUUCUGAGCCCUCAGCAGGAGCGAGGACAGGACAGACCUGCCAGCCUGGAACAGGAGCUCCAGCAGCCAAAGGGCCCGGGAGAUGGCCCUUUUUGCCUUCUGUACUUUGGGGUGACAGCUGUGCCGCCCCCCUCAGGGCUGCCUGCGCUCCCUGGCCCCACGCGCUAUGGCAGGCCCAGGGGACAGGCGGUGGCUCAGCCGGGUCCAGCCAGCACAGCGAGGUUUCUGUCCCACAGCCUCACCCCUGCUCAGCCCUGCACACACUGCAGUGCUCCUGCCCGGCACUACAGCCACGCUGUGCCUCCCUCUGGCAGCAGCAGCAGCAGGGGACAGCUCCGUGCCCCGGAGCAGCCUCUGCUGGGGCACUCUGUCCCUCUGGCCCCAGUGCUCACUGCAGACUCAGGGCUGGGCUGCAUUCUGCACAGGGCACUGCAGCCUGCAGGCUCCCCCACAGCACCUGCAGCAGCCUGACACACACAGAAUGUAUUCUGGAGGUGGGCUGGAAACAUGAACACUAGCACACCCCUGGCAGGUUCCUGGGACCUGCUAGACUAUUUAUAAGGUUGAAGCAGUUAGCUGGCUGUUUUUCUUAUAAAUACAUUAUUUCUUCUAUUUAAGAUCUCAGCUCUCCAAGAGGCAAUCGUUUAGGAAAGCAGUGUAGGUCAAAGUGUAAUCAGAAGGCAAUUGAGAUAAGAAACCAGUGCAACUUUUUAAUAAACUCUUUUUAAGUGACUUCUAAUUUGCAAUACGGAUGAGUAAGAAGAUGAAAGAUAUUGACUCACAAUCUUUGACUACAAUAUUUUAAUAAUGAAACUGUUGACAAGAGCAGUUUAUGAAGUGUUACACACACUUGUCAGUCCUACGAGACACAGACAAAAAACUUUUUGUUGCAUCACCAACAUUUAAAAUAGUAGCUGGUAUCAAUCUGCUCUAAACAUGAUACAUGGAUUAGAGACCUCCUGUUUCUGGCUGCAGAAAUUAACCUUCCCCCCUGUCAUGGUGUGCUGGGGAAGAAUCACGUACACAUGUAUCUUGAGGGUGGAUUUGCACCUGUAAAAAUAUCUUCAGAAAAUUGCACCCAGUUAACAUUGCACAACUGAUAGCAGCAACUAUCAGGAUCCAACCACAGCUUCACCCUCGACCUGGUGUAUUCAUCACAUUAGGAGAUAAAAAAAAUAAAGCUAUUUACCUCU